AAUCUCUCAAGACUCGACCAAAUCGUCAAAAACUACAAAACUCAUUUCUUUCUCUAUCAAUCCCCAGAUCUCUAAAACUCUCCAAAACCCGCCAUGGAUCUUGCCCCAGAAGAGCUUCAACACCUCAGCAUCAGAGGAAUACUACGUGAAUCAACCUCAGUCCCCAAAUACUCCCCUAAAACCUUCUAUCUCAUAACCCUAACCCUAAUCUUCCCUCUCUCCUUCGCCAUCCUCGCACAUUCCCUCUUCACGCAUCCCAUCCUAGCUCAGCUCAGCACUUACCCUCAGUCUCAAACCCAACACGCAUGGACCUUCCUCCUCGUCUUCCAGUUCUCCUACCUCCUCUUCCUCUUCGCCUUCUCUCUCCUCUCCACCGCCGCCGUCGUCUUCACCGUCGCUUCUCUCUACACUUCAAAGCCAGUUUCUUUCUCCUCCACACUCUCUGCGAUCCCUCUCGUCCUCAAACGACUCUUCGUCACUUUCGUAUGGGUUUGUCUCUUGAUGCUCGCUUACAACACCGUGUUCUUGAUCUUCUUGUUGGUCUUGCUCGUGGCGAUCGACUUACAGAACGUGGGUUUAGCUGUCUUCUCGUUGGUUGUGAUCUUCGUUCUGUUCUUGGUCGUUCAUGUUUACAUGACUGCUCUGUGGCAUUUAGCUAGCGUGGUCUCUGUUCUUGAGCCGGUUUACGGUUUCGCGGCGAUGAAGAAGAGCUACGAGUUGCUUAAAGGGAAGACCUAUAUGGCCUGUGCGAUGGUUUUCAUCUAUCUUGCUCUCUGUGGAGUCGUUUCUGGAGUUUUUGGUAAGGUGGUGGUUCGUGGCGGAGAAGAUCACGGAGUCUUCACUAGGAUUGUCGCUGGUGGGUUCUUGGUUGGAGUGCUUGUGGUGGUGAAUCUGAUUGGAUUGCUUGUGCAGAGUGUGUUUUACUAUGUUUGCAAGAGCUUUCAUCAUCAGGAGAUUGAUAAAUCCUUGUUGCUUGAUCAUCUUGGUGGGUAUCUUGGUGAAUACGUGCCUCCUAAGAGCAGCAUUCAAAUGGAGAACUUUGAUAUUUGACUGAACUGAUAAAUAAAGUUUCUUUUUUGCAGUUUUGAACUUUUGCAUGUUUGUAAUUUGUGUCCACAGAAUGUGUUUCCUUGUUGUUUACAGAGUUUAUGUUACUUGUAUUUGGACUAUCUUUUAUGCAUAACAAUCAAGU